AUGCUAGACCAAGAAUUAGUAUUUAAAAACUAUGAAGCUGACUACGGUUGUGCAGGCACUAAGCCAUCACUAAAGGGGAAAUUACAGGAAUAUUCCGUUGAUAAGCUUGAUAUUACUAUGCAGACACAAUUUCAUUACUGUAAGUUAGAACAUGGUACAGUUUCACAAGAACAACCUAAUAACUAUUAUUAUCACACUCAUAAUAACAGCAACAAAAUGGAAAAGGAUGAUGAAGAUGACAAUGAGGAUGUGAUUGUUGACCUAUCGACUGGCAGCCUAAAGCCUGUAAACUUAAAGAACUAUAAUAGAAUGAAUUCGAUGAUCGAUGAUUUUAUGGAUACUAGAUUAUCUUAG